AUGAUAAUGUUACUUAGGUUAUUUAUUAUAGUGAAUUUUCUCACUGAAUUAAUUCAUGCCUUUCAAAAAAUGGAUGAAGGGCAAUUACAUAAGGAAUAUUUAUGGCCACCACCUUCUGAUAGUUAUUUGGGAAAGUAUAUAAAUGCAGCAGUUACCUGUGAUCAUGGUUUAUGCAGUGAAAUUGGCAGAAAUAUUUUGAUCAGAGGUGGUAAUGCAAUUGAUGCAUCGAUUGCUUCAAUGUUUUGCCUUGGUAUUACUAAUCCUCAAAGUAGUGGAAUUGGUGGUGGUUUUAUUAUGACUUUAUAUAAUAGAAGUGAAGCAAAAUGUACUGUUAUUGAUGCUAGAGAAACAGCACCUAAGAAUGCUUCUCGAGAUAUGUUUAUUAAUGAUGAAUUUGGUUCUAAAUAUGGUUUUCGUGCUAUAGCAACACCAGGUGAAAUUGCUGGUUAUUGGCUUGCAUUUAAACGCUUUGGUAGUGGUAAGAUAUCAUGGUACGAUCUGAUAAAACCAUCCAUUGAUUUAUGUCGGUAUGGGGUACCUGUGUCAAAGUAUCUUGGAUAUGUCCUUGGUGUUAAAGAGAAACAUUUUAGGACAUUACCUUCUAUGAAAAGUUGGAUUAAUAAUGCUACUGAUAAAGUAUUUGUUGCUGGUGAUAUUAUCAAACGACCUGAAUUAGGUAAUACAUUAGAAAAGCUUGCACUUAGUUCUGAUCCAGUGGAACUUUUCUAUCGUGGUGAUAUAGCUAAAGCAUUGGUCAAAGAAAUUGAAAAUAAUGGUGGAAUUAUUACGCUGGAUGAUUUCGCGCAAUUUAAGCCAACAGUACAUGAGGAACCAUUGAUCAAUGAUCACUUCUCAGGUGAUCUAGCAAUGUGUGGUCCACCACCACCUUCCUCAUUUGCUGUUACUCAGCUAAUCAUAUCACUUAUGGCUCGCUUUUAUGGACCUAAAACAAGCAAAGAGGUAUUAAAACGUGAUCCACUCUUUUAUCAUCGACUUUUGGAGGCGCAAAAAUUUGCAUAUGCGCAACGAACACUUAUGGGUGAUGAAGCUUUUGUGGAAGAAGCUAAAGAGCUUGCAAAGAAUAUGACAACAAAAGCAUACACAGAUUGGAUAUUCUCGAGAAUGCGCAAUAAAACACAACCAACAGAAUACUAUGGUGAGCUUCAGAAACAGCUAAAUGAUCAUGGUACAUCACAUGUUUCGGUAUUAGAUUCUAUGGGUAAUGGUGUAUCAAGUACAAGUACUGUUAAUCGAUGGUUUGGCGCAGUAGUGCAAUCUGUUGAUUUGGGUGUUGUUUUUAAUGAUGAAAUGGAUGAUUUUUCUACGCCAGGAAUGGCUAAUGGUUUCGGAUUUGCACCAUCGGAAAGUAAUUUUAUUGAACCGGGCAAGAAACCAAUGAGUAGUAUGAGUCCAAUGAUUGUUUAUAAUACUAAAACUGGAAAAAUUGUAAUGGUAGCUGGUGCAUCUGGUGGUUCAAAAAUAAUUUCUGCUUUAGCUAAACCUAUUAUUCGAGUAUUAUUUUUCAAUGAAACAAUAAAAGAAGCAAUUGAUGCGCCAACAUUACACAAUCAAUUUACGCCAGAUAUUACUCAAUUUGAACAAACUGUACCUAAGGAAUUGAUGGAUGAUUUGACGCAAAUUUUUGGACAAAAAUUCAAUAAAACCACUGGUUUUGAAGGUAUAGCUCAAGGAAUUGUUGUUGAUGAGGAUGGAACAAUUUACGCCAAUGGUGACUAUAGGCGCCAAAGUGAUAUGCAUCCUGGAGGAUAUUAG